UUUAUUUGCUGCCUCUUUGGUGGAGCACUACAUCAAACUCCACGUGUUUCUCCAAAGUAUCUCCUUGAAGAAGACACACAUGCACCUCUGUGACAGCUUGCCACCGAGAGUCAUUUACUUUUCCUAAACUCUGUGGCCCCUCCGUUCAGACAGCAGCGGGAGAUGCCGCGGUACGAGCUGUGCGUGAUCCUGAAGGCGAUGCAGAGGCCGGAGACCGCGGCGGUGCUGCGGCGCACGGUGGAGACGCUGCUGGAGCGCGGCGCUGUGGUCAGGGCUCUGGAGAACCUCGGCGAGCGCAGGCUGCCCUACAAGAUCUCCAAACACGACUCUCGCCACACGCACGGCGGGUACUUCUCCAUCGACUUCCACGCCUCGCCGAUGAUCGUCAGCGAGCUGCUAGAACACCUUGAACGGGACAUCGACGUGCUGCGCCCCACAGUUUUAAAGAAAGACACUGAGCUUUCCAAGACGCAGUGCUCUGCAACAGGAGCACAAGCUGAGAAAGCAAAGAGCGCCACUUCCAGAUAAAUGACUGUGUAGAUGGCGUCAUGUGCUGGAUCAUGUGAAUGGACUUUUGCAACGAGACAAGCUAGUAAAUGUCAGCAUCCUUUUUACAGUUUUGGAGGAAAGCGUUUAGUUCAGUGAUGUGUAUUUCCACAAAGAACUGUACAUAUGACCUCUUCAGCAUCAGCAUUUUUGGAGUAUUUAAUAUUAAUAUGACAGAUUCUGCUUCAAUAAUUACAUGCUCAUAAAUAAAUAACAUAAAAAUGAAGUUGUAUUUCUCACUCUGUGACAGUCAUACUCUUCCACAAAUGUGACUUACAAAUAAAGAAAUAAAUUUAA